AGCUGGUCCCUAGCAGAGCAGCCUGACUGCGAGCAAAAACAACAACAGGCUACUUUACGGAGAAGGCAGCUGCAUGGAGAGCGACAACAACGACGACCAGGACUCCACGCAUGCAUUGAUAUUUUCGUAAACCAAAUGCAUCUUAGCCUUAUAAUGCUAGCUGGCUAGCUCGCCAGCUAUCUGCGUCUCUCUAUGUUUGAGUGUCUUCCGGCAGUAGCGGCGGCGGCAGCAGCGGUGCCAUGAACAGUGGACUCCCAGCUUCAGCUGCUCCGCUCGGGGGUGCCGGGAUACCCAACGUCAAGGUGAAGUUUUGCCGAUAUUACGCGAAAGACAAAACCUGCUUUUAUGGAGACGAGUGUCAGUUCCUGCACGAGGAUCCGUCCAUGGCAAGCCUACCGCUGCAUGGAGGCGGCGGUAGCCCUGUCCCGUUGUCCAUGGCCGGGGGUGGCGGGACGCCAGCGGGGUAUUCCCUUGGUGGCUCCGCGGCGGCCUGCCCAGGCGGGGGGACCGGUGUGUCCAAGAAGAGCGAACCACUUGGGCCUGCAGGCACGUCUCUGGAGGGGCAGCUGUUAACCAUCCCAGGGAUGGAGGGCACAACCCUGAGUGAUGCCAAUCUUACCAACUCCUACUUCAGCAGCAGCUUUAUCGGGGUAAAUGGAUUUGGAAGCCCAGCAGAGUCAAAAUACUCAAUGAUGCAGCGAAUGACGACCAGCAGCAGCUCUCCCAGUUUGCUAAAUGAUGGUGCCAAGAACUUUAGCCACAGUGCUCAUGAUGCAGUGAAUUCCCCGACAUCCUCACUGUUCAGUGACUUUGGUGCUCUCAGCAUUUCCCAAAGGAGAAAGACUCCGAACCCGGCAGCAAGUGAGUUCAUCCCAAAGGGAGCGCCACGUAUGGCCACCAUGGCUCAAUCCACUGUCCAGGCCUUCCCCUCACCCAUUUUUCAACAUCCGGGCCUCAGCAGCUCCACAGCUGCUGCGCUGGCUCCAGGCAUGUCCCUGUCUGCAGGGUCUUCGCCUCUCCACUCCCCAAAAAUUACACCACACAGCUCACCUGCUCCUCGUCGGCGGAGCCACACCCCGAACCCUGCCAAUUACAUGGUGCCCACCACUGCGUCUGACCCAAAUACUCACAUAAUUCAGAAAGAGACUGUAGGGGGGACCACCUACUUCUACACUGACAACACGCCGGCACCGAUGGCAGGGAUGGUGUUUCCUACCUACCAUAUCUAUCCCCCCACUGCUCCCCAUGUGGCUUACAUGCAGCCAAAAGCGAACGCCCCAUCCUUCUUCAUGGCUGAUGAGCUAAGACAGGAGUUGAUAAACAGACAUCUCAUAACAAUGGCUCAGAUUGACCACUCAGAAAACCCAGAUGUACCGUCUGAGGUUGACAGCUAUCAUAGCCUGUUCCCCCUCGAGCCCCUCCCUCCUCCAAACCGCAUGCAGAAGACCAGCAACUUCAGCUACAUCACCUCCUGCUACAAGGCGGUCAACAGUAAGGAUGACCUGCCUUACUGCUUGAGGAGGAUACAUGGUUUCCGCCUUGUCAACACAAAGUGCAUGAUGUUGGUGGACAUGUGGAAGAAGAUUCAGCACUCAAACUCUGUAACACUGAGGGAGGUCUUCACCACAAAGGCCUUUGGAGACCACUCGUUGGUCUUCUCCUACGACUUCCAUGCGGGUGCAGAAACCAUGUUCAGCAGACACUUCAACGACCCAGCAGCAGACUCGUACUUCACCAAGAGGAAGUGGGGACAACAUGAACCUCCCCCUCCAAGACAGCACGCAGGUCUGCUCCCAGAGUCUCUGAUCUGGGCCUACAUCGUCCAACUGAGCUCCGCUCUGCGCACCAUCCACACCGCCGGCCUGGCAUGCCGCGUCAUGGACCCCAGCAAGAUUCUUAUUACUGGCAAGACCAGGUUACGGGUGAACUGUGUUGGGGUGUUCGAUGUCUUAACUUUUGACAACAGUCAGACAAAUCAUCUUGCCCUGAUGCCACAGUACCAGCAAGCAGACCUUGUGUCGCUGGGCAAGGUGGUGCUGGCGCUGGCUUGCAACUCCCUGGCAGGCAUUCAGAGGGAGAACCUGCAGAAGGCCAUGGAGUUGGUGUCCAUCAACUACUCUUCAGACCUCAAGAAUCUUAUUCUGUAUCUGCUGACUGAACAGUCUCGCCUACGCAGUGUCAAUGACAUCAUGCCCAUGAUUGGAGCUCGAUUCUACACACAGCUGGAUGCAUCGCAGAUGAGGAAUGAUGUCAUCGAGGAGGACCUGGCCAAGGAGGUGCAGAACGGCCGUCUCUUCCGCCUGUUGGCAAAACUGGGCACCAUCAACGAGCGGCCAGAGUUUCAGAAGGACCCGACGUGGUCAGAGACAGGCGACCGCUACCUGUUAAAGCUUUUCCGGGAUCACCUGUUUCACCAGGUGACUGAAGCCGGGACGCCCUGGAUCGACCUGAGCCACAUUGUCUCCUGCCUCAACAAACUGGAUGCAGGCGUUCCUGAGAAGAUCAGCCUGGUGUCCCGAGAUGAGAAAAGCGUCCUGGUCGUGACGUACUCUGACCUGAAGCGCUGCUUCGACAGUACCUUCCAGGAGCUGCAGGCCGCCGCCUCUGGCUCUCUGUAGCGCCCUCUAGGGGUCCGGAGUGGGACUGUGGGACCUGGAGCACAUUAUUGCACUACAGGGGAGGAGCAGGCUCAUGGAGACAACAUCAGCACGGCGACGGCAGUGGGGCGGGGCUUUGUGAACCUCAGUCACAUACACUGACCCUGUCAACGGGACGGCUUUUUCUAAAGUGUAUUUUUUUUAGUUGUCCAAACCCCGCAGCUGAAAAUUGUAAAACAAACGGAACAAAUGAGGACAAAUACGGAAGCUGUGACAGACCAGUUUGAGGACAUUUUUUUAGAUUUGGGGAACAAAACAAUGAGAAACAAACCAUGAGGUUUUGAACAUUUUUCCUGCUUUUAUUGUUUAUUUCUACAGUCGGGGUUUAUUUUUCAGAGGAGGAUGCACUAAGAUUUUAAUUUUUUUGUUAAUUUUUGUUAUUUUUAUGAAUAAGUGUGAGUGGCCUACAGGGUGUACUGAGAGCUAAAGUCACACACACAGACAUUCAAACCAGAGCAGACUAAGAAUGAAAACAACAAAAAUAACAACAAAAAAGAAACCCAGCUUUGCAUUGACUGCGCAUCUCUUCCGUCUGGAGACCACACCCCUUCAUUGUGACGCACUGAGAGACGGGACGCACCACUCGAGGCUCUCGCUGAGGAGGGAUGGCACCUGUUUGAUGAACUGUGCCAGCCCACCUUCGCCUUGGUUGUUGGUUCCCCUUCAGAAAGGACAAACCACUCUGGGUGGGUGGGAAGGUUUCUUAAAACUGGAAAAAUCAAUGAAUUUCUGACAUUUUAGUUCAGGAGAUUGUGGAACAUCAGGCUCAUAUGUAAGCAGGUGAUGUGUGUGGGUGGGUGGGUUAGCAUGGACUGGGGUUUGGGGGAAAACGUGGUUUCUGUUGGCACUGAAGAAGGGGUGUCUUCUCCUGAUGCCGUCUACCAAGUGUUUGUUACAUAUGCAGCAGCAGCCUUUGGUUAGCGGAUGCUACAGUGACACGAACUGCUCGAGGACGGGUCUUUUUUUUUCUUAGGCUGUCCAGCACUUGGGUGUAGCCCGCGGGUGGGGCUUCUGUUGAGGUGGAGCCACAGCUGCCUCUUUAUGGAAUGUCCUUCUUUUGUCCCCCACCCGUCCUCCCUGCCCCCUUUCUGUCUCCCCAUUCUCCGCUUUUAUCCCACCUUCACACAGGGGGCGUGACCCCUCAACAUUUGAGAAAAAGUGACGCUUUUUUGUGAUUUUCUAGCUGGUUUUUCCUCUUUGCUCAGAUAUUGUGCAGGAAUGCAUGAUGGGAAAUUGGAGGGCAGGUUUUUUUUGCCUCAACUCUUUAUUAUUCUGUGGACCAAUUCCAGCAGGGGUUUCUGGGAAAGGGAUGAAGGGCGAAGGAGAGAAGAGGAACAGGGCACUGGGCACCAAAAGAUUUUUUUGUUUGUUUUAUUUGACUUUUAGAGAUCAUGAUAAAAUGUGCUGGAGACGAUGCAGCGGCACGGGCUGCUGCGCUCACUCGGAUGGCUUGGAUUUCUCUCAGGAUGACAAACAGCUGGAGGGGCUCGAUGAUUGAAUGUGUUUGGCUGUCAUCGGCCGCCCCCUGCCCAGUCGGAUAGAUGAGCUACAGUGAAGUGGGUUCUUCAGAUCGAGGCUUUAGGACAGUAUCGGCAUUGUGCAGAUCAUGCUGGGAGGGAUUUUUAUGUUGCCCUUAAACACAGUUCAUACUCUGAUAAUGAUUUUCUCUUAAUCAGUCUUCAUUUUGACUGAAUGAAUUUGGUGCUGCACUCUUUAAAACCACUGAACUUGAUUCAUCUGCCAUCACCUUGUUAUUGUCAAAAGUGGUCAAACAUCAGAAAUACGGGGUCACAUGACCGGAAUGAACAAGCACAGUCUGAAUGAAGGUGAAGGGCAGACUGAACUAGAGCAGUGUCCUGGCUGUUGAUUGUCUGUAUUUGGGGGCAACAAACCUGCAGGGUGAGUUAGAUCAUGUACUUCUUCCUCUGUUUUAGUGACAUGAACAGACAAAAACAUAUUUGGUGAAUGUGGUGCUUUAGAAAAACCCUCAAAACACACAAACACACACUGAUGCCCUCCAACACGGCCUACACAAUGUCAGUGCUCAUAUCACCUUCUUCCACAUCACAACACACACUCCAGGUAAAAUUGAUGACAACUUUCUUCUCCUCCCCACACAUCUACACACCUACAAUCACCAUCUUAGUAUGUUUUUUGCCCCUCUUGUGUUCAUUGUCUCAAAUUUUGCAAUAUUUGUGUGUACAGCAGUAUUUUAAUAAAGAAUACCAAAAGUGA